UCAAGCCCUAAAAAUGGGGAACACACAGAAUUUCAAACAGUUCAGUAAGGCCAAAGAGUGGACUUACUUUAUUAACGGCCAUAAGAUCCCCAGUCGGGUCCAGAAGCCAGAGUCUGGGGAAGACACUACUUCUGAAGAAGAACGGGCAGCUAAGGGGACUGCCAAGAAAUGAGUGGUUAAGCUGGUUGGAGAAAAGGAUGAGUAUGAUACCAAACAGGUCCAAGACACCCUUUAUAUGAUGCUUAAGCCAGAGUUUUGUGAUAAGUAUACUAAAAGAAUUGAGACGCUUAGUGAAGACCUUGAGAAGUUGUCGAAAGUUAAGAAGAAGAGAGGAAGCCUCAAACGGAAGGAUCUUAGGAGUGAUACUAGUGUUGAGAAUGUAGCUGAUAAGAUUACAGCAAUCAAAGGAGAGCUUAAAAUACUAAAAGAAGCAAUGGAAAUUUAUGAAGUUCUUGAGAAAAAGUAUACAGACCAUUUAUUUGAGAGCAAGGCCAGUCAAAUAGAAACUGAAGAAGUUAAAAAGCAAACUGAAGGAUUAUUGGUCAAAGAGGAUAAGUUGAAUAUGAGUGAUAGGAUGAGUGAUGAUAGUGUCUAGUAUUUAGAUAUUCUAAUAACCUCUCAUCAAGAUUAUAAAAU